GGAAGCCGGAAGGGGAGCUGUGAGGACGUGUUCCCUGGAAGCCAGCGCGGGACCUGGCGGGGCCGGCAACAUGGAGCCGCUGUACCAGCAAACGCACAAGCAGGUCCACGAGAUCCAGUCUCACAUGGGGCGCCUGGAGACAGCCGACAAGCAGUCUGUGCACUUAGUAGAAAAUGAAAUCCAAGCAAGCAUAGACCAGAUAUUCAGCCAUCUAGAGCGUCUGGAGAUCUUGUCCAGCAAGGAGCCUCCUAACAAAAGACAGAAUGCCAAACUUCGUGUUGACCAGUUAAAGUAUGAUGUCCAGCACCUGCAGACUGCUCUCCAAAACUUCCAGCAUCGGCGAUACACAAGGGAGCAGCAGGAAAGACAGCGAGAAGAGCUUCUGUCCCGCACCUUCACCACUAAUGACUCUGACACCACCAUACCAAUGGAUGAAUCACUGCAGUUUAACUCCUCCCUCCAGAAAAUUCAUCACGGCAUGGAUGACCUCAUUGGAGGCGGGCACAGUAUUCUGGAGGGACUGAGGGCCCAGAGACUGACCUUGAAGGGGACCCAGAAGAAGAUCCUCGACAUCGCCAAUAUGCUCGGCUUGUCCAACACAGUGAUGCGGCUCAUCGAGAAGCGAGCUUUCCAGGACAAGUACUUCAUGCUCGGUGGGAUGGUGCUCACCUGUGUGGUCAUGUUCCUUGUGGUGCAGUACCUGACCUGAGCCAGCCAGGCCCCGUGGCUGAACAACGGUCCCACGGCGUGAGAGUGUGUGUGAGCGUGAGUGUGCAAAGAGGGGGGGCCCAGGGGCUGCCUUCUGAAAUGUGUGCCCAUCUGAACUGUGAAGACCACUCAGAAGUAAUUGUGACCUGUAACCUGGUGGGAGUUUCAAACCUCUUGUUUUUUGUGACAUCUUGGAGGGGAAACUUGUGCUGCCGAGGUGUGGUGCUUAGGAGUGAACGAGGCGUCUGUUCUCACUCAUGCUCGCUCACCCUCACGGGGGCAGGAAGAGAUGCAGGGUAAGGGAGGCCAGGGAGAGGGGAGGGAGAGAACGGCCUUGCUGGUUUUUGUCCUCAUAGCCGACGUGCACCUGGGAAGGCUUUGACGGUGAGCUUGCAGGCAGGACUGUCUGCUCUUUGCCAUCCACUGGCCUUUCUGGCUCCUAGUAGAGAGAUGGUCUAGAGCGGAAGCAAAGGGAGGAGGGGAAAGAGGCCUUCUUUUCCUGCACCCACUACAGUAGGUGGGUGCUCAUGUUCUUACUACUAGCCACCUUCCCCCAACACCCCUCCAAAAACUAAUGACGUGCCAAUGACUGUUAAUACCUGUCAUCCUUCCCCGGAAGCAGCUACCUAGAGGAAACAGAGGCAUUGGCGCUGUUGCUGAUAGCAAGAUUUUCCACAUCACAGUUGUUGGGUGUUUCUCCUUUCUAAAGUAAGGCCACUGUUAACUCCCUGGGAGUGGUCAGUCUUCAAACUGAAGACCCUAGUCACCGAUUUUUUUCCCACUGGUUAAUGGUUGGCUUUUAAGACUGCAGCCUGGCACCCGUGCCCAGGCUUUGGUGGGUGUUUGCCCCUUAUCAGGUAGCUGUGAGCAAAUGUUAGUGAUUUGUCUUUUAUAGUCUCAUCUCUAGUUUUAGUAUCUCUAAUUAAUAAUUGGCUCUCUUCCCUUCCUUGAAAUAUAUUAGCAUCUGCCAGCCAAGCCUCCAUUCUGCCCAGCCAGUAUGGGCACAUGCCAUCCUAGAGACGUCUCUGGUGUGUAUGUCCUUGUAAGACUCUGUUUUCAGGGACCAGGACCUUUUUCCUUCUCAGACCAACCCUAGAUUAAGGCUGUAUCUGUAACCGGCGUAUUGUGGAAUUUAUUGUAAAGCCCGUCUGUUCAAGGAGACGAAUCACUGAAAGUACCAGAAAGACCUGGUUAGCCUGUUUUUUCAUCUGUCACAGGCCCUACAAGCCCUAGGCUCAGUAUGGCAAGACAUAAAUAACACUCACAGUUUCCCAGAGGAACUGUAAACCUGGUCAGUAUUAACCCCACCUUUGACUGUCUUGCCCUGCCUACUUCCUGUCUUUGUUUCUUGUUAUUUGGACUAUCUUCUGUCAUCUUUCUCUUUUCUCUGUUUUCUCUUCCACCUCCCUUCUUUACCCCACCCCCACCCCCACCUGUUUCUCUAGCAGUAUUGAUCUUUGUAGGCACAUCUGUGGCAUAGAUUCCUUUUGGGGAUAUGUUUCUUAAUUGUCACAGAUUUUUAACAUGAGUUUCCUGGGUACUGAUUUCACACUUUUGGUAGGAUCUCUAUUGCUCUUACCUGUCUGGGCUAAACAGGGGCCCUGGGUUUCCAAGGAAAGGGGAAUCUUUGAUCCCUUCAUAAAAGGAUUGAGGGCCCUGCCAGAGUGAAAACAUUGGCCUGGUGGAUGGACAGAGGGUUGGAAGCAUCUUCAGACCUAGCUCUGACUUUGGGGAGGCCAAGUUGGAAAUUUCCAUCAUACCCAGCACCCCUGUCAUCCCAGGGACCCAGCACAGGUCUUUUAGCAGUCCACGAAAUGGGUUUUUAAACUGCACAGACUUGGCUCUGAGCCUGGGCACCUGAGGAUCCCGCCAGACAGUGCACUUUGGAAGAAGAUGUACGAGGAGCAGCUAAGCCAUUUGGGCUUGAACUCUGGGGAGGCAGAAACUCCCCCCACCCUCUGCCCUCUGUUGGCUGAUGGGACACCUAUUCGUAAUGUACACCAGUCUGUUUCCAAUCUUGCCUUUCUAGUGAUUGUUGGCCUCGACGAACCAGAAGUAAGGCCUUCCUUCGUGCUGCACCUUCAGAGCCAUUCUCCCUACUUUGUAAUGAAAAUCGAGGGGGCAGUUUGUGGGUCUUCACCACCCGGAGCUAAGGAACAGCAGCCACAGUAUGUUUGGAGACCUGGGGCACCUCGUGUCAUCGUGUGCUUGCCCUUCCCUGUCACACAUUGGCUUUCAGUGCUCUGUGAGCAACACACUUUGUCUCCACAGUCCUCAGAGUAUAGGGCAGGGUCCCCAGGCCAGGGAAGGAGCACCCUCUAGUGGAGUUGGGGUGAAUUCUCAGGUGCAAGAAUCUCCAGGAGCCACCUUUGCGACCUUGUACAGGAUUUUGGUGUACCUAUUGUGGUUUAAGACAGGUGGGUUGUCAAGGAACUUGGAGUACUUUCAUUCCGUGGAUGUGUACUCCAGGUGUGACCACCUUAAGAAAAGCCGAACUCCACGACCAAGUAAGUAGGAGAGUCUUGAUUUUAUAGAAAGCUUUGCUGCUGGGAUUUUUCCUGUCCUUUGCCCUGAUGAAUUUAAAUGGGUUUGAUUUGCAGGUUUGGCUCUACACUCACUGUUUUUGAAACACAUCAGUUGAAUAAAGUUGCUGUUUAUUUUAUUUAGAAAAUUACAUUUUGUAAAGGAAUUUGACAUUCAUUGUCAUAACUAAUAACCCUUUUUUUCUCAGGCCAGAGAUUCUGAAACACUGUUCCGAGACCAGGGGUGGGUUGGCUGCCUCGGCAGUAGCUGGG